UGGGGAGGCGACAAUAAGAGGCGGCCGGACUGGCAGAAGAGCGGAGCGGCUGGAGACGGGAAGCGGGAGAAGGUGAGGCGAUCGCUGUGGAGCGGAGACCGGGAGAGCGGAGGAUGUGACGCGGUGCUAUUUCCGAUGACGUCCUUGUUGGUACCCAUAGUAAAUUGGCACAGAAUUUUCUGGCACCAAUUUGGAAAUACCUGACUUGCAGUAUAAGGUGGUCACCCUACUGAGCAGCUGUGACAUGUCAGGAGAUCUUUUGUGCAACGCUGGGCAUUCGUCCAGCAUAAAGAACACUGAAGUGGGACCCCCACAUCCCAUGAACACACAAGAGGAGGAGGGGAGCAGCGCCUUUCCUGAGUCCGUCCUAAGGCUGCGUAGAGGACACAUGCCAGUCACCUCCGAGGGCACCAACUCCCAACAUGACCAGUGUGAUGAUAUGUGCGCCCUUCUGGCUGACCCCCCUCCAUGCCCUGCCCAGGAGAAUACACCGGAGGACAGUGAUGGAGUAGAAGAACCGGCCCAGGAAGAUGAAGGCUUUAUGGGAAUGGCUCCUCUUCUUCAGGCUCAUCAUGCUAUGGAGCGGGUGGAGGAAUUUGUCUGCAAGGUAUGGGAAGGGCGGUGGCGUGUCAUUCCUCAUGACGUGCUUCCUGAUUGGCUGAAAGAUAAUGAUUACCUCCUGCAUGGGCAUCGCCCACCAAUGCCUUCUUUCAGGGCCUGCUUCAAAAGUAUCUUCAGAAUACACACAGAGACUGGCAACAUCUGGACCCACUUAUUAGGCUGUGUUUUCUUCAUUUGCCUUGGCAUCUUCUACAUGUUCCGGCCCAACAUGGCAUUUGUUGCCCCAGUGCAGGAGAAGGUGGUUUUCGGCCUCUUCUUCCUGGGUGCCAUCCUCUGCCUGUCCUUCUCAUGGCUCUUUCACACCGUGUAUUGUCAUUCAGAGGGAGUGUCUCGUGUCUUCUCCAAGUUGGACUAUUCUGGCAUCGCCCUUCUUAUAAUGGGAAGCUUUGUUCCCUGGCUCUACUACUCCUUCUACUGCAACCCACAGCCUUGUUUCAUCUACUUAAUCAUCGUCUGCGUCUUGGGCAUUGCCGCCAUCGUUGUCUCCCAGUGGGAUCUCUUUGCCACCCCUCAGUACCGUGGAGUUAGAGCUGGUGUAUUUGUAGGACUGGGUCUCAGUGGAAUUAUCCCCACCCUACACUUCAUCAUCUCAGAAGGGUUCCUGAAAGCUGCCACCAUGGGGCAGAUAGGCUGGCUUCUUCUCAUGGCCACCCUGUACAUCACAGGUGCUGCUCUAUAUGCCGCUCGCAUCCCUGAACGAUUCUUCCCCGGAAAGUGUGACAUCUGGUUCCAUUCUCACCAGCUGUUCCAUAUUUUCGUUGUGGCCGGAGCAUUCGUCCAUUUCCACGGAGUCUCCAACCUGCAGGAAUUCCGCUUCACAGUGGGCGGUGGCUGCGCAGCCCAGGAGGUGCUGUGAGGAUCUCGCCACCAUGGAGGGAGCGCAGCACAAGAUCUCAACUGAUGCACAAGAUGGUCGGGAGGAUAGAACCUCCCUUAACCACCAUGUGAGGGACAGAGGAGAGACAGCAGCAGACAUACAAGUCCCAGAAAGACUGUGGAACCUAACAAUCUUACCUCAAAUACCAAGUGUAUGACUAUGUCUAAUUUAUUCCUGGGGAGGGGGUCACAUAUCUUUACCCUUUCCAUUCUGGGGGGAGGGGAUUUAUGGUCUCUCCUGCACUGACUUUGGUUUAAAUUCGACUUGCUGCUUGAGCUUCCCAGAAGCAGGAGACUCCAUACCUCUGGGCAGGGCUAUCCUGCGGUAUAACAUCUAUUACCUUUUUUUUUUUUUUUUUUUAAAUUGUUCUCUGGAAUAGGGUCUUACAAUAUUUUUUCCUGUAACGCCUGGUAAAAAUCACAGUUCUUAUUUUUCUCCCACAGUGACUGAAAAUGUUGAUUUGUUAUAAAGAUCCAAGGAGCAGUCAGUGAGAAUUUAAUGUAAAUAAUUAGAAAGAGAACUUUCUAAUUUUCUGUUUAAAAACAAAAAAAAAAUAAUAAAAAAUAAAACCUAGACAUUUUUGAAAAUUAGAAGAGAUGACGUAAAAAAAUUUACAGUAAAAGAAAAAAUUCUAUUGUGUAUAAAAAUAAUUUGUACCAUUCACUGUUCUGGGCGGGUUUGCACAUGGGUGGAGCAGGGUGGGUGUUUUUUUUUUUUUUUUUUGCUUUGCAGAUGCCAUGACUGAGAUAAGCACAUCCUGUUGUCAAGGUGGGUAGGAGGUCAUUCAAACACUGAGCACUAGAACUGUUGCCCCCUAUUGCUUGGGGGCUUUAUAUGAAACUUUGUCAUGGAUUUGUGGAGCUCCUGCAUGAACAUUUACAUACAGAACCUAAAAAAAAA